GGGAGCUGUGGGGUGGCAGCGGGGAGGCGACCAUGGAAGAAAAGCUCCAGGCGCAUCAGGUGGAGAUCGACCCGGAUUUCGAGCCGCAGAGCCGUCCCCGCUCCUGCACUUGGCCUCUCCCCCACCCCGACUUGGAGGAGGAAGAUGGGGGCGCGGGGGGAACCCCGGCGCUGGCGGCCGGCGGGGACGGAGCGGAGAACGCGGCGGCGCCGGUGGAGCGCAGAGCGGCCGCCGCUCCCCCGCCGCCCCACGGCGCGGAUGUGGGGCAGCUCCGCAAGGCCAAGACCUCCCGGCGCAACGCCUGGGGCAACCUCUCCUACGCCGACCUCAUCACCAAAGCCAUCGAGAGCUCGCCGGAGAAGCGCCUCACCCUCUCGCAGAUCUACGACUGGAUGGUGCGAUACGUCCCCUACUUUAAGGAUAAAGGAGACAGCAACAGCUCGGCCGGCUGGAAGAACUCCAUCCGGCACAACCUGUCCCUGCACACGCGCUUCAUCCGCGUGCAGAACGAGGGCACGGGCAAGAGCUCCUGGUGGAUGCUGAACCCCGAGGGCGGCAAGACGGGCAAGACGCCGCGGCGGCGCGCCGUGUCCAUGGACAACAACAGCAAGUUCCUGCGCAUCAAGGGCAAGGCCAGCAAGAAGAAGCAGCUGCAGGUGACGCAGGAGCGCGGCGAGGACAGCCCGUCCUCCCAGCAGCCCAAGUGGUCGGAGAGCCCCGCGUCCCACGCCAGCGACGAGUACGACGCCUGGGCGGACUUCAGGACGCGGGCCAGCUCCACGGCCAGCACGCUGAGCGGGCGCCUCUCGCCCAUCAUGGCCAACCACGAGCCGGACGAGCUGGAGGAGGACGAUGGCACCCCCUCGUCGCCGCUGAUGUACCCCAGCCCUUCCAGCACCAUGUCUCCUUCCCUGAGCGCCCGCUGCUCCGUGGAGCUGCCCCGGCUGACCGACCUGACCGGCACCAUCAGCCUGAACGAGAGCCUGGGGGAGAGCAUGCUGGAGGACCUGCAGGACGGCUACAGCAUGAGCCCCUCGCAGCAGCUCCCCCCGGCCGCCCUGCGGCAGAGGAGCUCCAGCUUCACCUUCAACUCCAAGUGCUCCAGCAUGGGGGCCGCCUCCAACACCUACUGCGGGACCAUCUACAGCCAGCCGGCCAUGGGCCUCAUGCGGCGCCUGCCCAUGCAGACCAUCCAGGAGAACAAGCAGGCCACCUUCUCGCCCGCCAGCUCCUACAGGAACGCCUCGCUGCAGGACCUGCUCUCCUCCAUCUCCUACGCGCACAAGGAGAGCAUGGUCCCGGGGGAGCUGCCCCCGCUGCCGCAGGCCAGCCCCAUGGUGCCGGCCCGUGGCCACAGACACAACCCGCUGCUGUGCGGGGCUGGGGAGCAGGCCCUGUCCUCCUACCCGCCCCACCCGGGCUCUCUGAUGAAGAGCAACGCCCUGUACCACCCGUCACCAGCCGGCCACCACCCUGCGGUCAGCACCAGUGCCUUAGCCAAUCCUGUCAGCCUUAUGAGCCUGCCCAGUGAGUCGUGCAGCAUGACGGCCGUGCCGCACCACCACGGGCACCUGCAUCCCUACGCCAAUAGCCAAGGGGCACACAUGAGCCUGCUGGAUUCGCUGCAGGGCCCCUACCCGGGGGCCGUCCACCCCCCCGUGUUGGGCCAGGACAGGUUCCCAGCAGACCUGGACCUGGACAUGUUCAACGGGAGCCUGGAGUGCGACGUGGAGUCCAUCAUCCUCAAUGACUUUAUGGACAGCGAUGAGAUGGAUUUCAACUUCGACUCGGCGCUCCCGCCGCAGAACGGGCUCAACGUGCCCGCGCUGCCCGGGGGCCCGCAGCCCACGAACCAGAGCUGGGUGCCCGGGUGACCCUGCCCCUGCUCGGGCUCGCCACCGGGAAGCCACCAGGGGAACAUUGAGACUCACUGUUUUUUUUUCCUUUCUCUUCUGCCUUUGUUUGUUAAGAUAGGCGAGAGCCAUCGGUCUGAGCUUAAGGUCGAACACGAAACACAAACCGGAGGGUGAAAUGUUGGAUGAGGGAGGACACCCAGCCCCAGGUGUGCCAGGUCCUGCCAGCAUCCUUUGGAGGACACAGGGCAGGUGGGAGGGAGAGGCAGCUGGAGCCAGGCAGAUCCAGGGUGGUGGCAGGAAGGGAAAGCCUUUCUAGACAGUCCCAGUGCCCCGUGGUGCCAGCUGGGUUUGUCCUUGGGCUGGGGGACAGAGUGGUGAUGGCUGGUGCUGUGGGACCCCUGGGGAAGAGCUCUUCUCUGAGCCACCUUGGGAAAUGAGUCCUCUGGGCAGAAGUGUCAGGAGUGGGGACCCUGCCCCAGGGCAAGGGGGGGCUCGUGGCCCCUCAGUCCUGGUGGAGAUGGGAGCUCUGCUGAGCCCACACCCCCAGGCCAGCUCUGCUGGGUGUCCUGGUGGCUGCAGGCAGGGUUCCUGACCGAGCAGUGAGCAGGGGGUGGUGAUGAUGUGCAGCCAGCAGCCCUGGAGCAGCACCUGGCAGCCCUUGGGGGUGCAGGAGAAGCUGCAGCCCCUGCCCAGAGCAGGCUGGGCACGCUCCAGGGGGGUCCUGGUGGCAAUGAGGGACCCCUGGGCUGGAGGCUCAGGGGCAGCUCGCAGGGGCGGGGAAGGGGAAGUAUUUAUUUGAUUUCAUGCACUCUUUUGCCAUUGAGUUUUUGCAUUGGAAGGAAGAAAAGAGUUGAGCUUAGGGAGAGGAGAGAGGCCAUGGGUG